UGCGCGGCAGAGGCAACGCGCUGGCGUCUCUGUAGUUAUGGCUGCAAAGAGCUUCGCUUCCCGCCUCAGGGGCUCGCGGCGGUUUCUGAAUGGCUUCCUGGCCGGGGCUGUCGUGGGCGCCGCGGGAGCUGGGCUGACGGCGCUGCAGAUCCUCCGGAGCCGGGACGCGGGAUCCCCGCACGAAUCUGCAGAAAAAAUAGUCUUGGAACAGUUUGGAUUUCCUUUAACUGGAACAGAGACCAGGCGUUACACUAAUCAUGCCUUGUCUUAUGACCAGGCAAAACGGGUGCCCAGAUGGGUCCUUGAACAUAUAUCCAAGGACAAGAUCGUAGGUGACGCAGACAGAAAACAUUGUAAAUUCAAGCCUGAUCCCAGUGUCCCUUCGACCUUCAGUGCUCUCAAUGAGGACUAUGUUGGAAGUGGCUGGUCACGAGGACACAUGGCCCCAGCAGGAAAUAACAAGUUUUCCAGUAAAGCCAUGGCAGAAACCUUUUACCUUUCUAACAUCGUGCCUCAGAAUUUCGACAAUAACUCUGGCUAUUGGAAUAGAAUAGAAAUGUAUUGUCGUGAGCUGACGGAGAGAUUUGAAGAUGUUUGGAUAGUAUCAGGACCGUUAACCUUACCUCAUACUAGAAGUGAUGGAAAGAAAACAGUUAGUUACCAGGUGAUCGGUGAGGACAACGUGGCAGUCCCCUCACACCUUUACAAGGUGAUUCUGGCUCGCAGAAGCCCAGAAUCUACUGAACCACUGGCACUGGGAGCCUUUGUGGUGCCAAAUACAGCCAUUGGGUUCCAGUCCCAGUUAACUGAGUUCCAGGUGAGCCUCCAGGACCUAGAGAAGAUGUCAGGUCUGGUGUUUUUCCCCCGUCUGGACAGAACCAGCAACAUCCGGAAUAUUUGCUCUGUGGACACCUGUAAGCUCCUAGGUUUCCAGGAGUUCACUCUGUACCUGAGCACCAGGAAGAUUGACGGAGCCCGUUCUGUGGCCAGACUGGAGAAGGUCCUGGAAACUUUGAAGAGCUCGGGUGUGGAACCUGACGAUUACUUCCUGAGUCGCUAUGGGAAGAAGCUAGAGGAACUGAAAGCUAAGGAGCAGGCGGACACACAGCUGGGAAAGCUGUCCUAGUGCGGGCGGGUGUGAGCUGUCACCCAUAGUGAACAGGCGCAGGCACGCCCCUCCAGGCGCUUGUGUUUUAGCAGAUUGGUUUUCUUUUUUUCUUUUUUGUUUUUGGUUUUUUGAGACAGGGUUUCUCUGUGUAGUUUUGGUGUCUGUCUGGAUCUCCCUCUGGCUGGCCUCAAACUCACAGAGAUCCACCUGGCUCUGCCUCCUGAGUGCUAGGAUUAAAGGCGUUGCCAACAUGCCUGACUACAGAUUGAUUUUCAAGAAAUGAUGGAAUCCUGACUGAAAAUCCCUCCAGAGACUCACUCGCUCAAAACUCAGUGUUGUUUUCUUUCACUAGGAUCUGCAUUGGUGGAGGUGGCUUUUAGAGUUCCUCUCUUAUCGUGUCCAAAUACACUGUACGGUUUACUUCUUGCUUCUCCUCUCAUGACCCUGGUGUCCGUCCUUCUGUGUUGAAGCUUUUUCCAGUGUGCUCUGUAUGCAAUGCUUCGUCUGCAUUGUCUUGACAGCGAGCCUCUGUGCAAACCCACUCGCCCAUUUUACAUGUGGGGAAGGUUGAGGCUCAGGGAACUUUGUGUCUUCCCCAUUGGUAGUCUACAGAAGUCAUCCAGGGCACCUCAGAGUUCAGACGAGGUUAGAUGGGGUUCGACUCAAGUAUAUACCUCUAUCUGGGGGUAUUCCUGGUCCUAGGGUCCGCUUGCUGAGAAGGGUCUCUGCUGGCUGCUCAGGCAGACACUUGGAUGCCAGCCUCGGGAAGGAGAGAACAGUGAGGGAAGUUCUCCGUGGGCUUGACCGGAGCCUGGGGUUCCCUCCGGGGUCACACGGGACGGGAUAGGUGUGUACCGAGAGUACUGCCGGGCCAGCACACCACAGGUGGGGAGAGCCUGGGCCAAGGUCCAAACCAGCUUACCCUGUGGCAAGAGCAGCUGUCUUCUGGCUUCCUGUGCUGCUCUCUGGCUGUGGCUUCCAGAGUCUUGAGCUGUCCUAAGUAUAGACAGUCCAGUCGCCUCCAGGCAGAAGGUCUUGUCUCAAUCUGUCACUCUGCUACUGUCUUUCAAGCAGCGGUAUGAGGGCAAUCUUUGAGGCCUUGUGUUUGCCUCUGAUAGAAAUGCCGUGGCUUUACAAUAAAGAUAAGGCAGUGGUUGACCCUG